AUGGCUCGUCCCACCAACCCGGAGACACACGACAAGCAGCGAAAAGAGCUGGUGCGGAAGCGCGGCGGCAGUCUCAUGAGAAAGGCCGAGCAACUCGGGAAGCUUGGCGAGACCUUCGUGCUGGCCGUUGUCUUUGAUCCACUCUACGGCUACGAGCAUUGUCCACAUCCCCAAGGGCUUCGAAGAGCCGAACAUCAAAAAAGUGUCGAGGCAAGUGACGGGAGCUACUUGCAAGAGGACGACGGCGACUCCUCUGUGGAGGAAAAUGGCAAUCAGGAGGACAAUGAGUUGCUGGCAUACUCGAAUGGCACAUCUGAGAUUGAUGCUCCCCGUGAGGUGGAUGACGAUUUCGAAACCCUCUUUCGACAGAUCCAUUUCUGCAACGAACCGAAGAUAGCAGAUUUUCAGCCAGUUAGGACGCAGGCAUCCACAGUGAAGAGGAGGAUAGUAGGGAUCCGCUUGAAAGAUGGAAGGUUCAUCCCGAAGGGGAGUCUCGACAUGGGCAAUAACACCUUGAGUGUGCAUCGGGUAGAUUAA